AUGCCGCGAUUGUUGUUCCAACAGGUUGUCUUUGCAAUAGAGUCGUCUCGGUGCGGGGCUUUCGAUGCCCGACUGGAAAUCAAGUAUGAUGACGGCAGGGUGGAAGUGAAACCGAUUCAGGGAACAGUAGUCGAGGGCGCAGUCACCAUAUCAACUUCCUCCCUCAAGUUUGACACGACCUUUGUUAACCUGAGAAGCGAAAAGACUGUUUCCAUUGAGAAUAACUCAACCGAACACUUGCCUUUUUGGUGGUCCUUUGGCCCGUCUAAAGAGAUCAGAGACCAGUCGGAACCCCACCUCGAGUUGAUUGCGAACGCUGUGCAAAUUGACUCUGUGGAGGACAGAGAAAAGGGUCUCAAACUUCAACUCUAUGGAACGGGCACAGGGCCACAAGUCAAGUUCACCAAAGCCGAGCUAGACUUCGGCGACGUUGUCGUCUACACGGAAAAGAUGCUUGACGUGGAAAUUGUGAAUACAGGUGACAUCGCUGCAUGCUAUUUCGUAAAGCCUGCUGAGGGUGCUUUCCCUCCAGGCACAGAGGUAAAUUUCACCCCCCGCAGCGGGUGUAUUUGCGUUAACAAGGCUGAAAGAGUGCAGGCAUCGUUGCGGCCAGCAUUCGUGGGAGAGUUCGAAGCCACAGUACUGUGGGCGAUCGAAGCGUCUCCAGAAGACAUCGUGUUAAAGCUUAAGGGCAGAGCAGUCCCUCCCCAGAUUGAUCACGAUGUUUCGUCCAUUAACUUUGGGGUGAUUCCCUUUGGGUUUGAAGAAGUGCGCUCCGUUCAACUAACGAACACCAGUGAUGCUCCGCAAACGGUCGAAGUGAAGGUUUUAAAGAGGGUGGACGAUACAUAUGGCGACAUCAGCAUCAGCCCUAACGUGUUGAUCAUCCCUGCCGGUGCUUCCAAAAACGUAGACAUUUCCCUUUGCCCUUCCAAGGCACAGGCAUACGUAGAAGAGAUUGUCUUUGGUCUUCCGGGGUUGAUUGACGAAUAUUUCAUUUUACCUCUUCGGGGUUCAAGCAAGACUCCGCAAGUUGCACUAGAACCGGAAGACACCCUUGUAUUCGACGACGUUUUUAUAAACACAACAGCAAAGAAGGCUUUUAUAAUCAGAAAUACUUCACGGCUUUCUGCUCAAUUUUCUGUCACCCUGGAGGGGGGUGAUAAUGUUGGCGCUGAGGUGUCGCCGUCAGAGGGCUUGGUUUCUCCACUUUCCGCUGUCGCCAUUUCAAUCGUCCUCCACCCUUUAGCGCCUGGUGAAGUUCGAUUCACUUGUUGGAUAAAAUGCCUCGACGAAGUGGCGCAGCAAGUUGAGCUGACCAACACUUCACCCAUCCCAGCUUUGAUUCGCUUCUCCAUUAGGAGCAAGCAUGGGUAUUUUACGGUCAAGAACUCCGAAAUGACUUUGGAAGGAGGGGCUUCGGCACCAGUUUACGUAGUUGCCACUUUCCUUGAAGCAGUUGCUUCCACUGGACAGUUGCUUGUAUCUGCUGUGGAUGGACAAAGUUUGGUGGUGUACUUGAAAGGCCAGGUUGUAAUUGAAGCCUUGAGCACGUUGCCAGGAAGGGCUUCGCAAGUUAUUAUCUGCCAGGAGUCCUUCGGUCCUGGGACUACGGCAGUGCGCAUCGCUAGAACACUCGCCACGGCGGACUUUUUCACGCCCAGUCUUGUUGCCACACCUUCUUCACUGGCCUUUAAGGGCUCGCUGGAGAUCAGUUUCAAAGAGCAUCCGCGGGUAGAUGUGAUGUCACUAGAAGGGGAGACAGAAUUCCCGAACAUUGAGCUUGAGACAACCUUGCUAGAUUUUGGCUUCAUAGUAAAUGAAACUACGAAGAGGAUUCCGCUUCGCAUGAGAAACAUCGGAUGCGUCCCGGCUUCGUUUGGUGUGUUUCGGCGCCACUUCAUAGGUCGAGCAUCUACUCCGCGCCUAAAGGCCAGCCAGACCGAAUUCGACUUGGGAGAGGUGCCGUAUCUCAAACCAGUUACCGUCGAGGUAAUCUUGGCUAAUGGCGGGUUCGUUGACCUCAGCUUUGCUGUCGACUUGGAGAGAGUGGCGAGGCCAUGGACCAUAGAAGUUUCGAGAAGAAAGGGACUCAUACGGGCAAAUGAAAAGUUUAAGCUAGAAAUAACUUUCAUGACGGGAAUGCCGGCGGAGGUCACUGAACAGAUAUUCAUAGAAGUAGACCACUGCGACCCCAUUGCUGUCACUCUUCGUGGAAGGGGAACAUACCGUUGUCUCCUUUUCGGUCUUCCUCGAGCAACGGAAGAAGGUGGCUGCGAAGAAACAGACCAGAGCUUGCUAGCGGUGGUUGUUACUCUUAGGAAUGGUGGUAAUCACUUUUACCUCCUCCGAUUGACCGGUUUUCCCUUCGAUUCCUGUGCUUCUUUGCAGGAACUACAAGGGACUGGAUUUCAUGUGGAGCCUGAUGUGAUUAGCCGUUUGCACCCGAAUGAGCAAACAACAAUCGCUGUUACAGCCAAGCAGGACAAGGAGGGAGAUGCAAACGUUCUCCUCACAGCCUUCGUUUCUGGCAGCCUGAGCUACCAGAUCACCCUUAAAGGCAAAUUUGUUGUGCCUGACCUCCACUUCUACACAGAUAUAUUAGACUUUGGAAGCAUCAAAAGGGGGCUCUGUAAAACGCUGACACUGAGGGUGCGCAAUGAGAAGAGUGUUCCUGCUCAGUGGCGUUACAGGGGUCUGGUUGACAAGGGUGACAAGGCGCAACGUGACGCUCUUAGGUGUUUUACCAUAGAGCCAAGGCAGUCAAUUGUCGAGCCAGGAGAAUGGAUUGACUUAAAAGUCCACUUCUUUCCAGAAAAAGCGGAGAAAGAAAUUUGCGCUCGACUGAUAUUCUGCAUUGAGGACAAUCCCAAGUGGAAAUGCAUAACGGCAACGGGAGCUCCGAAGCUUCCCCGAUUGGAAUUUGUCCCUCCCUUUGUGGAUUUUGGAUACAGCCUUCCCUCACAAAUUUUGCGGCAAGAACUAAUAGUGCGCAAUAAUUCUGACGAGCCUUACGAAAUCUAUUCUCUUGAAUUCGAUGAGCAGUAUAAACAAACGAAUGCUCUGCUCCGCGAUUACGACGGCUUCGACGAAUCAGGGAUUGCUCUGCUCCCUGUUAGGCAAAGUGCAAUAGUUUUGGGCCCGGUAUGCAGCGGAAAGCGCUGCGUCGCUGCCCACAUAGGAGGUGCGGCUCGGCGGCAGCUCACCCUAGAUGAAUGUGUUGAAUGGGCAAUCGCUGCCUCCGGAAAGAAAAAAAAGCUUGAGGCGGCUGGAGUGGAGAAUGCCCGGCUUGUUGAGGAGUUGGUUAGGUCCGUUGAAGCUCAGGAUGGCGAAGGAGAAGUUUCUGGUGUCAAAAAGAGUGGCAAAACAAAGCCCGGCAAAGGUGACCGACGAGCAGACGUUAGUGGCCCAGGGCUUCCUUUGCACCUACUGGCGGCGGCAGUGAAGCUGCGAGCGGCACAGCCAGACUGUUUUGCCGGCACAGUUUUUCGCGUCGAGCCUAGUUCGUACUGUUCCUCCCUUGCCGACGGAGCACUUUCCAUCGUGAGGGGUCUUCGGAACGAAGAUGUCAUGGUUGUCAUAAUAAAGAGGGAACGUGAGAUUGUAGAGCAACUCGAUUGCGGCAAGGGAUCAGAUACUGUUUCUAAGUCUUCCGCAUCUGCAGCACAAUCGGAUUUAAAAAAAAGAAGACCCCCUAGUGCUGUUGAGGGGGAAAACCACCCAACAGCUGUCCAGCUGGCAGAUGGAAGUAUGGAAUCUUUGAAGCACGAACUGCAGUCGCUUCAACAGUCACGUCAGAGGUUUGAAGGCUUCUUCACCACUGGCAAGCUGGCGCAAAUGUUUGUGCAGGAUCAAGUUUCAGCCUAUUGCUGUGCAGAAACUGAGCUUUUGAAAGAAUUGAAGACUGAAAUGGAACAAUCCCCUGUUCCUCUCUCGUCUUGUAGUGGCUCCAGGAGAAGCAGCCAAAGGACGACUCUCAGCUCCUUUCAGCGCGUCCUCACAUUCUCCACUGGCUAUGCUAACUCAUCGCAACCCGUGCAAUCACUACUCGCUCAACUCCAGCCCCUGAGGGAACCUAUUAUCCCUAAUGAGCCACCAGUGCCAGCGCCUAAGUUCCUUGAAGUUGUCCAUUAUCCGUCCUCCUCACCUGCAUUGGAACCGCCAGCUAAGUUCUUCCUGUUUGCACCUCUGCCUUCUACGCCGUGGGAAAAGGCAGACGACGAAGAAGCUAAAACCAGAGCCAAAAGGCCAAACACUGCAACAUCCGCUAUCACAACUAGAUCAAAGAUCAAGCAGGAGAGAGGUGGAGAAGACGAGAGCAUAGCUGCACGACUGACAGUGGAACCAGGAUUCACGAGGGCAACACGGUGGACAUUGCAGCCCCAAACGGAGCAGCGCUUGCUUCUUAAAUGCUAUGUCGAUGAAGAAGGCGAGCUCGCGUGCGCUCUACACUUCUGUGUGGUUGGAGACCCCCAAACGUUUAAGCUUGGAGCAAAGGCUACCUGUUCCGUGCCAAGGCUGCUUAACUUUCCUGAAGGGUGCUUUGAACAUGCGAUACAAGAACGGCCUGCUCAGUGUGCCACCAAAAGAGCCUAUAUCGCCAGUGAGGGAAUAUUUGAUUGGGGGCCGCUUCUCGCGGGGCGUUCAACGACAAACGUAAAAUCCCUGUACUCCAAGACUUCCUCUGUUGACGAGAUAGACCUCGUGACAAUUCCGCCGGAACUUUGCGACUUCAUGACCACACUAACCUUGAAGAAUGGCUCCCCCUUCACAACCACUGUCAAGGGAAGUUUUGUUGGGACGAAUAAUACAGAGGUUGAAACUACCAGGGGACGCAAGCCACAGAAAGGUCAAGCAGGAGAUCCUAUCUUUCUCCUAUUUCCUUCUGAAGUGACCCUUACACAAAAUGCGCUGGCACGCAUGCAUUUAUGGUGCCUACCCAAGACAGAGGGCGAAGUUACAGACAAACUAGUCUUGACUCUGUCGGAUAACCAACAGCCACUGGAAAUCAAGCUCUCAUCUCGCUGUGUAGUGCCAAAAAUAAGCCUGCAAGCAGAGAGCAUCGUGUUUGGGAGAAUCCUCAUAGGGCAGACUGCAAGGAGAACAGUCUUAGUUGAGAAUCCCACUCCUUUCGAAAUACGAUGGAAUUUCACAGUUCAAGAAGCGCCUGCGAAAUGCUUUUCGUUCGAACCCGAGCAAGGUGGAACCUUGGAUGCAUUCUCCAGCCAACCGCUUAACAUCGUGUACGAAGCUCCUCUUAAGCCUUCCACGGCACAGUGCCGUCUGACCUUCAGAUGCGCAGAUGCAGAGGGAAUUUCAAACGGAUCUGAGGUCAAAAUCAUGCAAAUUUCAGCAGAAGCCUUUUGUAUUGAUGCUGGAAUUGAGCUGCCAUCCAAGACACGAGUCUUCGAAUUCGGCAAGGUCCAAGCAUACCAGGAGGCCGAAAUACCGUACACUGUAUACAAUAGGGGGAAAUAUCCUGUUCGGUUCGAGAUUGACAUCAGUAGCCCAAGGCUACUAGACCUGCUGACGUUAACUCCUCAAAGCGGUGAAGUUAAACCAGGGGAGCAACGGAAGGGAUUGGCACGCAUCAGCGCCAGGCAUGAAGUUGAACUAACUGGCACAGAAGAGCUGGCUGUGACUAUCAAGGACGCUGAAUCGGGCUAUGCCAUAGAGCCCCCACAGCAGCCCCUUCAGGUCAUGGCUAUUGUAGCCUUCAAUGAAGUUUCCUUCGAACUAGAGAAUAAGGGUCGCUUUUCGUUUGACUGGUAUUUGGUCAACCAAGAAUGCAUGUUUACGGCUCCUGAAGAGCCAGUAAGAGGAGCUGAACCUCCCCAGAAGGGGGAGAAGCAGAAGCUAGGGAAAGCAAGACUCCAGGGAAAGUCUCCAGAGAAGUCUCUUGGGGCAACAUUCGGCCCAUUUAAGAUAGUACCUGUUCGCGGUCAGUUGGACCCCGGGACCAAGACAUCAGUUCAAGUUGAGUACGGCGCUCAAGGAGACGCAUCGCAUUCGAUUAGCUUAGCACUGCUGUGCACCGCUCCACCUGUGCAGGUUAACGGUGUGAGACUGGGACACGCUGACGAAGCUUUCGUCAGUUCCAUCGGACCGAUCGCGGCAUUCUUUGCCGAUCCCUCUGCUCCCAUAGAUUUUGAGGCAUACGGUCCCAUCAGGCCAGCUGCAACCUACUUCAUUCAAGGCCAAAGCAGCGUUCCAUGCAUCAGUCUCGAGCCGGAAAAACUCUUCCAUGAGCAAGCGUUGGCAAUUUCAAUGGAUGAGGCCUACGCCAUAUGGCAAAGACGUAGUGGGACAAUUUUUGUCCUGGAUGAAAACUGUUUGUGCUUUGGGCCUGUCAUUGCUGGGUCUCCAGGGUCGACAUCGGGAGUCGUUGAAACAAUUCGCAUUGACAAUCCGCAGCUGAUCCCGGCUGAGAUAAUAUUCGAGAUUAAACAAGUCUCGCGGACGGUGGCGAUUCCGGUAGUCAUUAAGAAUGAAGGGAUCAUUGCUGCUACAGCUCGUGUGCAGCUCCCGCCAUGUGACUCCAUUGACUUUGAAUUGCCCCACUCAAUCACGCUAAAGCCGAAAGAGGAACGAAAUUUCUCGUUAGCCUACCGGCCGAAAACACCAGGAGAACUGGACUACAAAUUUAACCUGUCGACUCAUGCUAAUCCUUUCGAAAACGUGGAGAUUCAUGUUAAGGGGUGCGCUUUUUCAGAAGAGCUCAUCUGGUCUGUAGCAAACUCAGCAAAUCAAAGUCUCCUGCGGACCGGCGACGGAGAACUCCUUGAUGGGAAUCACCUCAUGUUUGAUGAUGUGCCGCUUGGCAAGAUGGUAAUUCAGGACCUGUCACUUCGCAACAUCUCGACGCAAGCCAUAUCGUUCGAUUUGAAUAUGGAUUCACUAGGGCAGCUAAAGGACAGGUUGAUCAUCACACCUUCAGGAGGGACACUCGCUCCGAGUGCUGCCUGUUUGGUGAACGUAUCCUUUAAAACUGACGAACCGAUUAGCGUAACUCACCAUCCAAUAAACUUCACAACCUUAUUCUUACAAGGCGCCGAAAACAGCGCCAACUCUUCAAGGGUUCCAUCUAAAAACAAAGGAAGGGCCAAGAACAAGCAGACGGACGGCAAAUCAGACGGAACAGCAACGGGGAGAGGAGACGCGCCAUCACCGGAAGAGCUGAUACUGCACAUUUCCGUUUCAAGCGACGUCCGCCAAUGUGAAGUUAAUAUUGAGAGGAUUGAUUUUGAUGCCACAACCCUUUUUAAGUCGCGUCUGUUUUCCUUUACACUACGAAAGGCUCUGGACCUUCUCAGUACCAUAGCGCAGCUAGAGGCUGCUGGGACAGAACUGAAAAUUACGCCGCUCAGUGGCAACUUAGCUCCAGAGAGUUCCUUGCCUAUUAAGAUACAGAUGACCCCAUCUGAACAGAAGAACAUAAGCGUCAGCAUUCCCUGCAAAAUCAACCAAAAGUUCCGCAGCCUCAGGCUAGACAUCAAAGGAGAAGGGUACUAUCUUAUGCCUACUUUGAAACUUGUCGAGGAAGCUGGGCAGAGCAAGCAGGUCGUGCUGAAGUUAGGCAACAACGGGAAGUAUGACUUCAGCUUCAGGUGGAUUACAAAAGAUGAAAAAUGUCACGGCGGUGCUGGGAGCAUACGUAUUCAACCAACUGAGGGUAGGCAAGAGGACUGA